AUGCAUGAUGUUCUUCCGUCAUACUCGGAGGCCAUCGCUCGACCCGACUGGCUCCAGCUUGCGGCUCCGUACGUUGCAAUCGCCGACUACCCGGCUCUGUGUCGGGUCAACAGCCGCUGCUGGCGCAUCUUUGCUCCUCUGCUUUGGAGAGACCCGUGUGCGUGGUCCAAGCGCCUGGGACGCAGCACAGACGAUGAUACCGGACCCUUUUGGAGCCGCUUUCUGCUCCAAGACGCGCAGCUGCUCUCGCCCAAGACGCGAGACUUGAUCCGCGUGGUGGAUGUGAGAAAGGCCGUUACAGGCAACGAUCACAACCUAUGGGCAGUGAUUUACAGAAAGCGCUUUUACGAACUCCUCCCGCUGCUCCCAAACGUAGAGAGCCUCCUGAUAGAUGACUAUUGCCGGAUGAAUGCCCGCUGCCUCGAGUAUUCGGAUCCGUCCCGGCCAGAUCGUCGGCUGCUGAUGCUCAGCCUGAAAAAUACCGGCCAUGGAAUCAGCCGCUCCCUCACAGAAUCCAGGCACCUCCGGGCGUUGAUCUACUUGGAUAUCUCGGGUCCUGCACCUGUCGAUUUCGCGUCACUAGACGAGAGAUGGUUACCCAACUUGCGUAUCCUCAAAAUGUGCCGUAAACAGCUCUCGACUUACCGCUGGGAGACGUGGGCAGGCAUUCUCAACUGGCGCCUCUGGAGUCUGGAUAUAAGCGAUAAUGAACUGACUGAUCAAUCCGUGCUUAAUAUGACAGGAAUGAUCGAUGAUUACGUCUUGCGCACAACGGACCACUUUGCCUCCGAGGGUAUGCUCGAGCGAUGGGACCAGCGUGGCGCUCUUGAUCAGUAUAUUCUCCGCGAGUCACCCCUGAGCCACGUAUUCCUUCCCGGCCCGAGAUACCUUAUAGACGCCCCCCCAAUCAACAAUCUGGAUGGCGCUGAUGACCCAGAUGUAUUCUGGCCUCGGGUUCGAUCUGAUGGCUCUACCCCAGUGCGUCCAGACACACUCGAAGGUGUCUUGGGUCUCCUGUCCCGGCCUGGCGUCUCUAAUGCCACAGAACAUCUGCCAGGAUCCAGAGGCAUCACACAUUUACACAUCUCAGGCAAUAAAUUUACUGCAGCCGGCAUUCAGGAGCUGUUAAUCAACUCUGAAGGUCAUUUCGAACUUUUUGAUUGUGAGCGGAUGCUCUUUUUCCCACCGAAACGGUGGAGGUCGUUCCUAAAUCCACCAAAACUCAAGGCCCCCAGGCUUUUCGUCUCCAGUGCCGUGCGAAUGAGCGGUCUCCCGGGCUUGGGACAUUUAUUUCGUCCCGUCUAUUCUUCCAAUCUUCGAGUCCUGAGGAUACAUCACUCCCUUGUGACGAAUAUCCCCACGCUCACAAUGGACGGCUUACGGUCUAUUGAAUGCGUAUAUCUGGCAGAAAACGGCGUCUUUCCCCAUCUUCAACAAGCUUACAUGCUGCCCUUUCUUCCCGAUAUGAACCCCCGGCUGCAAUCUCUUACGUUGACUUGUGUCCCGCGCCACUCCUUUGGUCCCCUCAUCUGCAGGCUGGCUUUCUUCUUCCGCAUGGUGAGCCUGCAGGAAGAGGCGUUGUCUAUCCUGACAAAAGGCGUCCAGGCGCAAGGGGGGCGGCCCCUGCGACUAGUGAGCGGCCUCAAGCAUGUGGCGCUGGAGCUGGAACCAAGGACGGCCGAGGAGCCUCUUGACUUUGACGCCGAGAAGCUCAUGGCCAGUGGCGAAGCUCCAUUCAGCUUUUUCGAUUCUCCUCUGACCGAGACCAGCAAGACAAAGCCCAAGAAGCCACGCAUAAUUGACAUUUGGAGAGAAACUCCCGACCCGUCAGAGGCUCCUCCAGUCAAGCUCGUUCGCCAUGACACGCCGGAAGGCCACAACACGAUGAGCCCCCAUCAACCAAGUAGUAGUGACCCCGAGCGCCAAACAUGGUUGCUGUAUUCCAACGUGACUACUACUGUCUCAGGUGUUACGCAUACUUCUAACUCGGUGGUUUGGGCAGGCAAUAGCUGGUCGACGAACCCCGUCAUCCGGAAAUACAACUAUCUGGUUGUCAACUACCGCAUGCAAGAAGGAGUCGGGCCAGCUACCAUGCAUCAAACUAGGGCUGGUGCUCCGGUGGGCUGUCUCCUUUUCCACACAGCUUGGCUCUUCGCAGCCACGCCGCAGAGCUUGGAGUUGCCACCGAAUGUCGACGCGCUGAAGAAACUGGAUGUGGCCGCUGAGGUGCGGCAGCGUUGGUGCCGGACACCAGAGGAUUACCAGAGGGCAAAGGAACGCUUCCCUAUUGAUCAACUUUUCAUCUGGGGCGGCAAGUUGGAAAUUGUCGAACCCGAGCCGGUGGAUAAUGGCUGGCUCCUCUGGAAGCCGCAUAAUGAAUAUGAGCCUCCGUAUGACUAUGAAGGAGAAUGA